GCAGCCCGUGCUCGUGCAUAUUCACAGAGUAUAAAGCCCGGGCGCCCAGCCCCAUCGGCCGGCAUCCGUCGCUUCCGUCACUCGCUGCGAUGUAUGUGGUGGAUGCAGAGCUUGGCUGGAGCGGCCGACUACUCCAGAUAUGGGCUCCCAGAGGCCUCACCCACCGCUGUCGCCACCUGAGGAAAGAUACAGCUUGCCCCAUUGCAGCUCCUCUGCUCGCUCCAAAUCGACCAUGACGCUGCCCAAGAUCCUCUCGGAUGCACAGUUGCUAGUUGCUGUGCUUGCCUGCCAGAAGCUGCAGCAAAUGCAAAACACUGUGGAGCCCCCAAUGGCAGCCGACCUUGGGCUGCUCUCCAGACUGGUUGCUGCCGACGCACACUCCAAGAAACGGCGCUCGUCCGUAGAGUCCAUGACCCAGCAGUCACCACUGCCGAAUGCCAUUAGAGGCGCAGCCCCAUAUGCGGAUGAGAAUGAGGAAGUUUUCGUGAACGUGGUUGACGAUGCGGUUGACGGUGCAGAUGCCGAUGUGGGUGCCAAUGCAGGUGCCAAUGCAUCCGCUGUCGCUCGCCACGACCACAGCGACCUCCACGUCGGGUCAGAUUUGCAUCAUUCUCGACUUGAAGAUGCGGCCAAUGACUCGAUACUCUAUGCCGAGUCCCAGCAACCCCGUGUCCCGCCGGCAAAAAAGCUUCGUCGCUCACGAACAAAAGAAAUGCAACCUGCAGCUGAAUCGCAACCGUCGACCGAGUCUGCCCUGGAAUGCGAUAGCUGUGGAAAAAAGUACAAGAGUCCCAACUGCCUUGCCAAGCAUCGGUGGGAGCACACCGAGUCGUGGAAGCUGUCGUCGACACUCAACCUCACCAAGCACCACCAAGUGCAAAUCCUGGAGGCCGCCUCGGUGCUGGUCGAGAUGAGACGCACACGGCGCUUUGAACAAGCAUAGCCGGCCACCUGGUCGAUCCGGCCCACUGAAGCAGCAGCAGCAACCCCCCGUCUGAGCCACAGGCAGCCUUGCGACACAUGUACACGGCAAGUUGCAUAUACCCACAAUCUCCC